UGAAGAAAAGUAGUCAGUUACAGUCGAGUGUUUUAUAAUUUAAUAGUAAAUAACGUUAGAUAUUUUACAAUUAAUAGCAAUUUACAUCUGUUUACCGAGUGCUCGCUACAGAACGGCAUUAUUGUCAUGCUGUUUAACUUUUCAAAUUUAGUUGUGUGACUCAUUUACUGUUAUAAGAUCCUAAAUAACUGCAGGAAUUCGGUCAUUAACCAGGAGAAAGUUAGUGCAGUAAGCCAUUGCCGAAUUAUUUUUGGAAGAUGAAUACCUCAACCUUACUUAGAACCACGGUCAGGAGCAGUAGCCUGUUCAAGAAUCACAGACAUUUGCUCAGGUACAUGAAACCGUUGAACCUCUGCAAAAUGUCAGUAUCAAAUAACGCAUCUCAACUAAUCACUCAGAAAACGAAAGAAUCGUUCGAGGACGCACUUCCAAGCAUCAUGGAUACCAUCACUACCAACACACAGUUUGCAGAUGUGCCUGAAGUUGGGAAUUGGGUGAAAAAGACUCUAGAUUAUAACUUAGGAGGUGGGAAGAAGACAAGAGGCAUGACAACAUUGCUUGCCUAUGAGAUGUUUGAGAAACCAGGAAAUAUUACUGACGAAUCAAUCCAUUCAGCGAAAAUGCUUGGUUGGUGUGUUGAGAUGCUGCAAGCAUACUUGCUCAUACUAGACGACAUAAUGGACAGCUCGACAACGCGCCGCGGCAUGCCGUGCUGGUUCCGACUCCCGGACGUCGGCACGCGCGCCAUCAACGACGCCAUUUUGAUUUACUCGUCCAUGUUCCACGUCAUCAAGACGCAGUUCGGGCGCGAGAAGUUCUAUACUAAGAUUUUGGAAUUGUUUAAUGAGACCCUCUUCCAAACCUCAAUCGGGCAGCACCUAGACCUGACAAUGGCCAAUCGUCACAAACACGACUACAGUCUGUUCACGAUAGAGCAGUACAACGCUAUCGUCAAGUACAAGACUGCGUACUACACGUUCAAGCUGCCCGUAUGUUUGGGCCUGCUGUUGGCCAAGAAUACGGACCAGGCCCAGCAUAAGAAGGUUGAGGACAUCUGCCUGGAUAUUGGCAGGUUCUUUCAAAUACAGGACGACUACAUAGACUGCUACGGCGACGAAUCACUAAGCGGCAAGAAAGGCACGGACAUUCAAGAGGGCAAAUGUUCCUGGUUCGCGGUACAAGCUCUACAACGAUGCAACGCUAACCAGAAGACUGUGUUCACAACUUGCUACGGGAGUCAGGAGCCGGCGCAUAUUGAGAGGAUAAAGAUUUUAUACAGACAAUUACAACUGCCGGAACUUUACGCCGAAACGGAAGCCAAAAUGUACGACGCGCUCAUCACCCAAGCUCGAGCGAUGCCCGAGGAUUUGUCGCCUAAUCUCUUCGUCAAACUUAUUGACAUGCUCAACAAGAGGAACCAUUGAGUACUGGAUAACGACAGCUCUGGUACAGUCAGCACAAAAAAUGUGCAUACCAAACGUUAGUGUACAAUCACUUGCAAUAAUAAUGUAACACAAUGAAGGCUUCAAAAUAUCCUACACGAUCUUAUUUGUAAGGGCGCCUCACAUAUUUGUGAGUUCUUGGAAGAAUAUCUUAUGUGACGGGACUGUACGGGCAAUAGUCAUACUUUUUUUGGAACUUUAAACGUAUGUAUAUUUUUAUUGCUGACUGUACUUGUAUUGGUAGGUAGGUAAAUAAUAAAAUUAUAGUUUCCUUUGUUAUUUUUCCAAAGCUCUCGUUUAGAGCUUAGAGGGCUAAUUCUUACUGAAAUGAGCGCAGGUUUAAUAAUAAGAAUUUUGGCAGUUCAGUACAAAUUUCCCUUCAUAAAAUUAAUUGUAAAGUUAUACUAUCUAAGGGCCGGUACAGGUGAUUGUAAUCCAAUUGUUAAUAUGAGAAUUCAAGUGCACAGUUUUCAUACAAAUUGCAGUCGGAUUUUAUCCCCAUUAAAAACUGAAAACUUUUUUCCUCCUAAUAUCCUACGGUGGAACAGACUUUUUGUAAUUUUUGAUAAUUAAACAAAACUAAAUCAUCUUCUAUACCUAGGUUGAAAUUACAGUGGCACAAUUAGCGUUUUUCACUUGCUGGACCUUAGGCGGUUAUAGGUACGUUAAAUAACUUACUGGACUAUAUAAAGUACCUAGAUAAGCAGUUUAUCGUCUAAUUUUGAUAUUGUACAUAAUAGGUAUAUUGCUCAAUAUUUUUUUAGAUUAUUCUCGUCAAAAGCACUUGUUACUAAUCAAUAUUGUACCACAUAAAUACCUGUUUUUGUUGUAAUUAUUUAUUAAAAUAUACAAUUCCAUUUAUGUAAAAACUUCCUUAUUUAGUUAUUAUGAAUAGAAUUAAUUCGUAAUGUGACUUGAUAUUAUGCAUAUUAUUUUAUGGCGAUUGACUAUAGUGAAUGAAAUAUUUCGUCAGGUGACAACCAAAACUUACUGAAUGCAUAAGAUUAAAUAAAAAU